AUGAAGAAAAUACGUGAGAAACGUGUCUCGAAUAAGUCGAAUGCAUCCGGCUCGGCAUCGGUAACUCGACCGAAAUGUGACAAACGACGCACCAGGGAAAGACGUCGUAAUUCAGUAACUAACAACCACAUAACGUCAACCGACGGAUCGUCUAGUGGCGAAGAAUUGGACGGUAAACUAAUCACAGAGAAUGGCCUAUCAACUUCCAAAGAUACAACAAGUAGUGGCGGAAAUCCACUGGCCAGUGGUAUAGGUACGGCAGCACCACGAGGUGGCAGCAAAGCGACUGCCGCGCAUCGUGCACGGAUCUGGAUCAGAUGCCAGUCUGAUCUUGAUGCUGAUUGCGAAGAUAAUUCAACGGAUUUUGAUUCAAUUUCACAUUGCGCAUUCGACUGCUCACCAUCGCAUAAUCAAUUGAAUUUGUUACCAUUGGAGACUGAAAUGGGCAGUGCCAAGCAAAUGGCGGCCAGUGAAAAUGCUGCCGAAUCUUCGUCACUUUCAAACGAAACGGAAACGUUACGCGAAAAAAUUGAACUUCUCGAAACGGUUCGUUUUCAUCGUUUGCAAACUUGA